AUGUCUCCCGAUAAAAAUAAUUGGGACGAUGUAUUGAGCCUAGUGGAGCAGGUACAGCAGUACCUGACACAGCUCGAGCCUAUCAUGGGCCCUCGUAUCAACAAGGACAAGGCCAUAGUGUUCAUCUGGAUAGGCCUCAACGACAUGGGCCAGUACCGAAAACUGAACGGUAAAGACUUUCUGGAAACUGCGGAGAGAGUAAAUACGCCCAUAUUUACGGAGGCGAUACAGCCUAUGUACGAGAAAGGAUUCAAGAACUUCGUCCUUUUCAACCUGCAACCCCUCGACCAGAGCCCCUCUAACCAAGAGCGAAAAGGCAAGGUGGAGAGUCCAUCGCCAACACCGGAAAAGAUAAAAGAUGUGAACAAGAUGCUCGAUGGACUCAAGAAAGAGUACAACAAGAAACUCAAGGAUGCGAAGAUCGAGCUUUACGAUGUAAAUUCACUCCUCACGAAGAUGACUAAGAACCCUGCGAAGUAUGGGUUCACGAACACGAAAGGACCCGACCAGCAGUUCAGAACCCAAGCUUUCAAUCCAGACAGCAGCACGAACCUCGAGCUCUUGCGCAGCUACUAUUGGUGGGAUAAAGUACACUUGACCUCACGAGUACAUCAGUAUAUCGCCGAGGACGUAAGGAGUUUCAUUGCAACCAAAUGGGGGACGAAGGUCUGGGAGAAGCCGGCUUUGACGGAAGACAAGGCGGUCACAGGAUCCAAAUUCUACCGAGCCUAG